UGUCGUGUUUUCCCGUCACAGAGACAAAUACCGGUUCUACGCCUGCAUUCUGCGGGCUCGCUUCGAUGAGAACAAGGAUGAGAGGGACAUGGUGAAGGCCACCAGGCUGCUGAAGGCCGGAGAGGAGGAGUUCUGGGCCAACCAGCAUCCUCAGCCCUACAUCUUCCCAGACUCUCCUGGAGGGACAUCCUACGAGAGAUACGAGUGCUACAAGAUCCCAGAGUGGGUGCUGGACCACUGGCACCCCUCGGAGAAGGACAUGUACCCCGACUACUUUGCCAAGAGAGAGCAGUGGAAGAAACUGAGAGCGCAGAGCUGGGACAAAGAGGUGGCCCAGCUGCAGGCCGAGACUCCGGCCGAUGGACCCAGGACCGAAGACCUCCCUCCCGCCCGCGUAGAGGGAGACCUCCCCCCUCUGUGGUGGCAGUACGUCACCCGUCCCCGGGAGCGCCCCAUGUGAACAGCCUGAUGGGAAACUGUCUCCAAAAACAACAGCAGCACCUCUUGUCACAUCACCACCUGUCUGCAGAGACGUCCACACCUGAGCGCAGAAAACCGCCUGAAUCUCUCCGAUCCUUCGGUGAUUUUGGGAAUUCCUGUACAUUUAUCAAAUUAAUACCUGUAACUGUUCCAGUAAAUAAAUAAACGUAUGAUGUAA